AAGGAAUAUCCGAAUUUCCGCGUGGCAAAGCUAGGAGUAUAAAUAAGAGGUAGUGAAGUAAGCUGAUAAUAAUAUUGGUGGUGGCAGAGUAGAAUAGCAGAUGGCGAUGGUUUCCAUGGCAUUCGGUGUCAGCACUGCGACUUUUCCGAAUCUAAACAGGUGUCGUGGAGUGGCAUAUGCAAGUUUGAGCAACAAAGCAAGUACUACAUCUUUGGGAGUGCGAGUUACAGAGGGAGAGGGGAAUUUGCCGAAGCUUGUUCUCACUUCCCCGGCCGGUAGUGAGGCUGAGAUAUACCUGUUUGGAGGUUGCAUUACUUCUUGGAAAGUUCCCAGUGGUAAGGACCUCCUCUUUGUUCGCCCUGACGCUGUUUUCAAUGGGAACAAACCCAUAAGUGGAGGUGUUCCGCAUUGUUUUCCACAGUUUGGUCCUGGUCCAAUUCAGCAGCACGGGUUUGCACGGAAUAUGGAUUGGACUGUUGUCGAUUCUGAAAACACAGAAGGAAAUCCUGUUGUAACUCUGGAGCUGAAGGAUGCUCCUUAUAGUCGUGCUAUGUGGGAUUUCAGCUUCCAUGCUUUAUUCAAGGUCACACUAAAUGCUAAAAGUCUUGCGACUGAGCUAACAGUUAAAAAUACAGACAAUAAAGCAUUCUCAUUUAGUACUGCCUUGCACACUUAUUUUCGAGCUUCUGCAAGUAACGCAUCGGUAAAGGGGUUGAAAGGUUGCAAAACUCUGAACAAAGAUCCAGAUCCUAAAAAUCCAGUGGAGGGUAAGGAAGAAAGGGAUGUUGUCACUUUCCCUGGAUUUGUAGAUUGUGUUUAUCUUGAUGCUUCCAGUGAGUUGCAACUUGACAAUGGUUUGGGUGAUCUAAUAUCUAUCAAGAACACAAAUUGGUCAGAUGCUGUGUUGUGGAAUCCUUACCUUCAAAUGGAAGCAUGUUACAAAGAUUUUGUUUGCGUUGAAAAUGCUAAGAUUGGAAGUGUCCAGCUAGAGCCAGAACAAACUUGGACAGCUGUGCAGCACCUUAGCAUAGCUUGAACUGUAAAUGUGUUUCUACAUCAGCAAUUAUUUUUGUCAUAUUUGAUACCCCAACAAAUAUGUAUCUUCUGUAUUAAUAAUUUUCUAUGCCACUACUGUCGAGGGAAGGAUAGUGUACAAGAGUUAAACCUCAUUACAUUCGUAACAUUAUCGUAACAACAAUAAGGAAUAAUAAUUUUCUUUUAUAUUCUCAA